UCCAUACCCAACAACUUCACCUCAAACAAACCUCACCCAGAGAAGUGAAACAAAACAAAAAGUGAAAAAUGGGCAAAAGAAUCGAAUGCUACAUCGACUGCGUGUCGCCAUACAGCUUCUACGCCUUCACCUAUCUGCAAAAGAAUGCCGCUGCAUUAGAAAGCCUAGGUGUCGAAAUAGAGUAUAUACCCGUCUUCCUCGGCGGAAUCAACGUGAGCAGCGGAAACAAACCUCCCUGGACACUCCCCGCCAAAGCCGCCUACUCAAAGUACGACGGCGAACGAGCCCAGAAAUACUUUGGACAUAAAUUCGACAUCCCCUCUUGGUGGCCCAUCUUGUCGCUUUUGCCCCAACGCUCCCUAACCUACAUCAAAGCCCACCACUCAAAGCAAACCCUCGCAUCAGCAUUCAAAAGCUGCUUCGAGACGAUGUGGAAGGCCCAAUUGGAUAUUUCCAAGCCCGAGCAUUUGGCCACGGCUCUCGGAAAUGUCUUCAGUGCUGGUGAGGUCAAGGAGAUUAUUGCUGCGGCGGGGACGGCGGAGGUGAAGGCGGAGUUGGCUGCGACGACCGAGAGAGCCGUGAAGGAGUUGGGGGCGUUCGGGGUGCCGUGGUUUUGGGUGUUGGAUGGGGAGGGAAAGGGGGAGCCCUUCUUUGGGAGUGAUCGGUGGCAUUUUAUGUGGGAGUUUUUGGGGCUGCCGUUUGAGGAUUUGAGGUUGAAGGCUAGGAUUUAGAUUUAAGGGGUGUGGGAGUUAGUUGCUGUUCUUGUUCUUUGUUGUGUCAUGUGUGAGGCUUGUUAAUUGAGAUUUUGUUGUUGUAUAUCAUACA